AUGAGCUUUCUGUCUCGAGACCCCGUGACAGGAAAAAACGAGAUAGAUGCUCUCGUCCAACGACGCCAGUGGAAAGACGCAGAGAGCAUUCUUCUACGAAUUCUGGCAGAUGCAGAUGCAGAGGCAGCAGAUCAGGUCUCGCCAUCGAACAGAAGAACGACGCCAUUUGACGAUAGCCCUGAGGUGCAGAAGAACAAGCUGAUGCUGGCACACAUAUUCCGUCAGAUUGGAAGACCCCAGGAUGCUGAAAGUAUAGACAGACAAGUCCUUGAGACUCGCCAGCGUUUGCUUGGACCAGAUGCUCAGGAUACGUUGCUGGUUAUGUAUCACCUGGCAACUGAUAUUAAGCUACAGCCCGAACGACUACUGGAGGGACUGGCUAUCGAAGAAAGUGUUCUUGAAGCCGCCGCUCAGAUCUACUGGCCAGAUGAGUUUGAGGAUAGUCCUACCAGAAACAGCAGCGGAAGUGUUGCUGCAGGUCCCUCGAAAUCCGGCAUCGAGCAUUCUCCAGCUAUGGACAUCCUGCUUCGCACGUGCCAUGUAGCCGAUACAUUCUUCAUGCAGAAUCUGCCGGCACAAGCUGCUAGGCUACACGAGAGAGUGCUACGCUUAUCCACCACCGCUCUUGGACCAGGUCAUCCGUACACGAUCGCGGUCAUGGAUAGCACUGGUCGAGACUACGUCUCUCAAGGCCGUCUACCGGAAGCAGUGCGCCUACUGCAAGAUGCCGCGGAGGCUGGCAGGGUGCAUUUGGGAUCUCGAGAUCCCACGMCCCGCCGCUGCAUUGUCCAUCUGGCCGAAGCACACGGCCGCAUGACCGCCGAAGGGGACGGGAAAGUACCCGACGCUAAGACGAUAGCUAUUCUAGAACAGGCAAUUGAGAUACUUGAAGAAAGUAUCGGCUCUGAUGAAACCGAUACUAUUUCGCUCAAAUACUAUCUAGCUGUUGCAUAUGCGAGACUAGAUGGCCGGUUCAGAGAGUCGGAGGCCCUACAGAACCAGGUUCUGGAUUGGUGCCGUCGCCAAUUGGGCGAUCGGACCGUGACGGCGAAUCUGAUGGUACGUAAUUUGGUUUUGAUAUAUCGUCAGCUCGGCAGAAUGGACAAGGCGCGCGAAAUUGAAAAUGAAUUUGGACGCAUUCGGCGGUCAAUAUCAUGA